CAAUCAAAUUCACCAACUCUCUCUUCCUCUCUCUGUAUUGCUAAACAAUAAACCCUACUUAUUCUAAAAAUGGAAGCCACGAUCUUCGAGAAAAGAAGAAACUCAUUAUCAAGCGUCGCGGUGCACAAACAGUCAUACUCCAUAACCAAAUCAAAGCCAAAGAUCCGUAUAAUUCACAUAUUUGCUCCUGAGAUCAUCAAGACCGACGUUGCCAACUUCCGUGAGCUCGUCCAAAGCCUCACCGGCAAACCAGACGACCAGAGAGCUUCCAAGACGAAACCUAGAAGAGAUAUGCAUCGUCUUCAUCGUCAGGUCCAAGACAUGAUCAACACGGAGAAACUAAGAGAACCCGAGCAUUGUGAUCAAGGGUUCUGCUUAAACUCAGAAGAGAUCUCGAUGACUUGGAACGGUAAUAAUGGUGCUGGUGAAAGCUCCGGAGGGUUCUUGAAUGGUUUGGGAGAUUUCGAAGGGUUUAUUCAAGAACUUGGUGAAUUUCCGUAUUUGCCCUUGUCCUCCAUGGAUGCUUCUGCUUCUUCUAAUUCCUCUUCUUCCUCUCAUUUACAUGGUGGAUCAGUUUUCUCAGAUCAAUUCCCUUAACUCGAUCUCUCAAAGGAUGUGUAACUUUUCUUCUUCUUUAAGUUGUAUCUUUUAUUUUGUUUACUAGGUUUUUGUGGAAAUUAAUUAAAUUUAUUACU